UCUCCUGCUUACCGAACGAUAGUCAACGGUCUUUUUUUUUUUCCCUUGGAAAACGUGAUAUAAGAAAAGCUCCACACACCGGGACUGCCUACUGGAGAGAGCCCAUCACAGCCCGUGUCCCGCCCACAGCGCGCACCAUGCCAGACGGAAAAGUUCCAGAUACCCCCAUGGAGGUUCUGGUGGAUCUUCUAACAAAAGCUAAAGACAUAGCCACAGCUAAUGGGAGUGUCCCCACAGAGCUCUUAGACCAUCUUCAGCGAGCUCUGGACAUUGCCAGUGGACUAGAUGACUACCUGGAGAAGUUCACCACACCAGAAAGUGAACCCCUGGCUGAGCUAUACAAGAAAACUGUAACUCAUGACUGGGACCGUGUUCAUAAGGAGGGGAAGACUAAGUUCCGGCUUCCUAAAGAGUGCAUCACUGGACACGUUGAAGGUCAGACUCUGAAAACACUGGUGCACAUGAGUCAUGCCAGGCGAAUCCUGGAGAUUGGUAUGUUCACGGGCUAUGGAGCCCUCUCUAUGGCAGAGGCGCUUCCAGAUGAUGGCUGUUUGGUGGCUUUGGAGUUGGAGGCUUACCUAAAGGAAUUUUCACAACCUAUUUUUGACAAGUCUCCACAUGGAAAGAAGAUAAUUGUUAAAACUGGAUCUGCCAUAGCCACCCUUAAGGAAUUGGCAGAAGUGGGAGAACAGUUUGACAUGGUCUUCAUUGAUGCAGAUAAACCUAAUUACAUCAACUACUACAAGUUUAUCCUGGACUAUAAUCUGCUGAGAUUACGAGGUGUUAUAUGUGUGGACAACUCUCUCUUUAAAGCCAAAGUGUAUCUAAAAGACAUCACCGAUCAGAAUGCCUUGGCACUGCAGGAAUUCAAUGAUUUUGUCGCUCAAGAUCCACGUGUGGAACAAGUGAUUCUACCACUGCGAGAUGGGAUCACUGUUGUCCGCCGUGUUUCAGCUGCUGCUGAAAGCUCUAGGACUAAGGCUAACAUCACAGAUGACCAGGUGUUCCGUGGAGUGAUGGGAUGUUCUAUUUUGGAUCGAAUGCGUCUGGAUGGGAGGGUGGCCUAUGUGACUGGAGGGGGACAAGGCAUAGGCCGAGCUUUUGCCCACGCGCUGGGGGAGGCUGGGGCUAAAGUGGCUAUAAUCGAUAUUGACCCAAUCAAAGCUGACACUGUGGUCAAAGAAUUGAAUCUUAAAGGGAUCCACAGUAUGGCUAUCACAGCAGAUAUCAGUAAACCUGAAGAUGUCCAGAGGAUGAUAGACAGUAUCGUAUCCAAAUGGGGGACAGUGCACAUUGCCUGUAACAACGCAGGCAUCAAUAUGAACUCAGCCAGCGAGGACACCACUUUAGAGGAGUGGGACAGCACUUUCAGCGUCAACCUCAGAGGAACCUUUAUGUGCUGUCAGGCAGCCGGUCGGGUGAUGCUGAAGCAGAAAUAUGGCAAAAUCAUCAACACUGCCUCCAUGGCCAGUCUGAUCGUGCCUCAUCCACAGAAGCAGCUGUCUUAUAACACGUCAAAGGCUGGAGUGGUCAAACUUACUCAAACUCUGGGUACUGAGUGGAUUGACCGUGGAGUCUGUGUUAACUGUAUAUCACCGGGCAUCGUGGACACCCCUCUCAUCCACUCGGAGAGCCUGGAGCCCCUGGUGCAGCGCUGGCUGUCAGAUAUCCCUGCUGGUAGACUGGCUCAAGUGACAGACCUGCAAGCAGCGGUGGUCUUCUUGGCAUGUGACGCCUCCAACUACAUGACAGGGCAUAACUUAGUCAUAGAGGGUGGGCAAAGUCUGUGGUAGAGUCCUCACUAGAAGAUAUCAAAACUUUAGGCUUAGAAUUUGAAGCCUCGAAAAGGAAAAGCCUGGGAAAAGAAAAUCCCAAACCCAAUAGAUGCUUCUUUUAAAAGUUAGUUACACUACAAGCUUUGAUAAGAAUUCAUUUGCUGCAAAACACAUCUUUUUUUUAUAAAUUCCAUUGUUACUUACAGUGAGAAGUAACUGAAUACAUGUACUGGGAAUACACAUUCAGAAUACUAAUUGUGAGUAACAAUAUUCCAAGACUGUUACUUUCCUAAAAUCAAAGGAAUAGGUUACAAAUACUUUAGGCUUCAAACUGCACAGUGAUAGUGAAAAAAAUAGAAAACAGCACUCUUGACGUGAUUUUUCCUUCACCAGUUACAAUGACCACAAACAGUGAAAUAAAUCUGUCUUCCUAACACUAAUUUAAAUGCAACUUGAUGUAAAAGUAUUUGAUGUGUUCAGAAUUUAACCGAAUACAUGAUAAGAUACAUUUUAAGUCGCGUAUUCAGUAUUUGUAGCAAAAUACAUUUUCUGAAUUUUCUUCCCAUCACAUCCCUUACAAAUUGUUACAUUGAAAAUCUGAAAACUCUCACAGAUUUGUGUUCAAAGUUUUUUAUUUUGGUUUGUUCAAAAUGUAUUGCUGUAAAUGUGCAUAAUUAUCGACCAUUUGCACAAGCCAAAAAGAAGUGAUUAUUUAUGAAUUACUGAAAGGUCCCAUUCUCCUAUUUAAAUAUGUGAUUAAAGAUGAGAUUCAGAACAUUAUAUUAUGUUUACUGUUCUGAUAAUAAAAUGGUGUCAGGGUGUAUUAUAUGGCUAUUAAUGAGAAACACAGGUUCAUAUUUAUGCAUAUGUUUUGUGUUAGGUCAAGUAGUGUUUGAUUUGGCUCUCAUUUUUCAUGCAAAGAAUGAGCAUCAUGCUACAUAGAAAUGCUGUAAUAAACUGUUUCUUUCUGUGUUACAAAUGUGAUGGGCAGUGAAAUGUACAGAACAGGAUCCACAACAGCUCAAAACUUGAAGUAUUGAUACAGUGACAUAUUUAUUUGGUACAAUUCCAACAAUAACAAGUAUAUUUUCUUUUCUGUAUUAGAAUUAUGCGCUUCACUGUGUUUGUAGUUUACUGACAGUAUUUUAAAGUUUGCAACUACUGCACAAGUUUGCUUUUAACAAUAACUUCCCAUUAACUGUUACUUAAAGCAGUGGUGCUAAGAAUUGCAUGUGUGCCAUCUUCUAAUAAAUUACUAAAUAAUG